CCUCUGUAGGCGCCACUGGUAACCAUGGUCAAAUGAUGGGCAUGAGUGCAAGGGGUGGAGCCAUUGGCCCAGAGGGAGCUACAAAUACUGGCACCCUAUUGAUGUCACAGAACGGAGCCAUGCUGAGGGCAGGAGGACCGUGAGCUGCGUGUGUCUGGAGACUGAUGGACAGCAUGUCUCCACAGCAACAGGACAGCCUCGGCCAAGACGGCGGACACCAAGACGGCAAAAGGCGGACAAAGUCUCAGUGUUACCGCCGUCAGUCAGCUCCGUCUCUCGUCAUCACCAAGGCUCUGACCAGGUCAAAGACCCUGUCCAGGGAGACCUUCCUGGUUCCCUUGUGCCCAGAGACGUGUUCAUUGGUUCAGACCCUCCUUAACAGCUCGGAUAGGUCGCUUCUUUUUCACGGCCAUGUUCAGCUGAAGACGGGGCUGCAGACUCAGCAGAGACACCUGUUCCUGUUCAGUGACAUCCUGGUUAUCGCCAAGGCCAAGUCGGCCAACCACUUCAAGCAGAAAGUUCAGGUGUGUCUGUGUGAGAUGUGGACAGCAGGCUGCAUGGAGGAGGUGUAUGAAGGAAGCUCAAACCCAGAGAGGAGCUUCGUCGUGGGCUGGCCCACCUGCAACUGUGUCGCUACAUUCAGCUCAGCUGAACAGAAAGAGAAGUGGCUCUCCCUCAUCAAAAGCCACAUAAAAGAAGAGAAGGAGAAGGAAGAGCCAAAAACCAUUCCUCUGAAAGUUUAUGGAAAAGGUCUCAAUAGUUUUGCUCCUACAAAAACGCUUCCAGUCAGCAACUCUGAUUCAACCAAUGAGGUGGUGCGGUUGGCCCUGCAGCAGUUCAGCAUCAUCGGAAACGUGAAAGACUACCAGCUGUGGGUCAUCUCCAGGAGGGACAACACCCCGUACCCUCUCAUUGGUCACGAGUUUCCUUUCAGCAUCCAGAUGAGUCAUGUGAGGCAGUUGCUGUCUCAGAGUGGUAACAAGGACGUUGCACCCGGAGACAGACAGAGGGCGCUGCUGGUGUGCAAGCAGUGUCAGUUCAUCCUGAAACCCCGAGCACUUGAGACGAUGCUGCCGCAGAUUUAUGCAGACGUUUAUCAGAAGUCUAUUCGAAGGAGGCGGCCAUUCAUGAGCUGGGCCUUCUGGCGAGGCUCCUCCUUUAACCUCACUGAGCUGCCUUUGUCCUUCACCGGCGAAGCCCGCGGCUGCCUGUUCGGACAGCCGCUCAACACCAUUUGUGCUGAGAACAGUCUUCCGAAGCCCAUAAUGGACAUGCUGGCAUUUCUGUACCACGAGGGUUCGUGGACGCGGGGAAUCUUCCGUCGGCCAGCAGGAGCUCGGGCCGUGAGGGAGCUCAGGGACUCUUUGGAUGCUGGAGAGUUUCAGCUUCCGCUGACACGAGACCACGUCUUUAUCAUUGCCGGAGUUUUUAAAGAUUUCCUGCGCAGUAUCCCCGACAGCUUAUUGUGUUCUGAUUUAUUUGAAGAAUGGAUGGACGUGCUGGAUGAAGAUGACGAGGAGGAAGAGCAGGUGCAGGAUGUACAGAGGAUGAUUUCUCGGCUGCCCAAGGAGAACAUCCUGUUGCUACGCUACUUGUUAGCUAUGCUUAAUGGUAUCCAGAGCAACGCCCACGAGAACCAGAUGACGAGCUUCAACUUAUCAGUGUGCAUAGCUCCCAGCAUGCUUUGGCCUCCUGGGGCACCAUGUAGUCCUGAGGUGGAGGGAGAAGGAGCUAAGAAGGUCUGUGAGCUGGUGAAGUUUAUGAUUGAACACUGCGAGCAAAUUUUACAAGAACCGCCGUCUUCGCUGUUUGGAGGCCCGUCACAAAGACUCAACUCUGAAGAGACAGGAUCAGAUUCCUGGCAGUACCCUCUGGCAGACUCGUCCUAUGACAGUCUGGAGAACGCGUUAGACUGCAGCAGCAGCGAAUCCCUGAGCUGCUGCAACAGAAAAUGUCCUAAAGUAAAACCUCUGCGAGGCAGCCUCGACUCUAUCCUCACGUUCAGCGACGACGACCAAGACCCUGAUCCAGAUCAGCUACAAUCACAAAACAGCAACACCCGCAGUGUUGUGUUAGACCCCCAGGUGAGGACCAGAAGCAUGGGUCUCUUCUGUCCCAGCCAGGAAGCAUCACGUAUGGCCACCUCCUCCACCUUGGACUCUUUGAACCUGGAUGUUGAACACAGACAACGGAGGUGUUCAGAGCCAGCUAUAAUGCAUGUCAACAUGCUAUGGACAUGCACGUCAGCGAGUACAGACAUUCUCAGUGUUGAGAACAGAGAUGGUGAGAAAGGACUCCCAACGUGUACAGGCAACCACAUGCAGUCCUGGAGUCAGAACAGGAGGGGUGGAUCGGGGUUACAUGGUGGACACUUAAUAGCCCUGGAAGCAAGCUCCUUAAGCUUCUCCUCUAACCCCGCCUCCCCUGCACAAAACCACUCCUCAUUGGACUCACUCGACUCCCUCAUCCACAACCAAACCAGAAAGACCAAACAAGGUCUUCACCCAAGAAAAGAACAUCUACCCCCCAACGCUUCCUCCUCAUCUGUACCUUCAGACUCCACCUCCUCCUCCACAGGCUCUGCUCACGGACAUCAGGAGAUGUCCACAAGAGGCCACUAUCUCAAAGAGACAUUUAACUGGGGGGUGUUGAAAGGCUGCAUGGGACUCCACCCCAACUCUUGGCUGAAGAAAGACCGCAGGAUGUCCAUAACCCAACAAGACCAGUUGCACAAGGACAAAGAGGACAAGCUUAUGAGGGCGCCGAAAGACAGAUUGCUCACGUGCGGUAAACCGAUAUCUGAGAAAGGAAACCAGAUCGCCAGCUGCCAAGCAAAGUCCAAAGUCUCCUGCAGCACCUCAAAGAAGGGAGGACAAAGACAGCUGAGAGGGAGAUCUGGUAAGGAGACAAAAGACUCCUCCAGUCCCCCAUCUCACCACACCUCCACUGGAAAGCCACAGGACUCACUGACAGUUAAACAACUUGGUAACAGCAGCCAGAGUCCGGCACAGGCUGUGUUUCACAAGCAGAGCGGCCCGUCUCUGUCCCUGUUCAAGAGACAAAAGUCUUUCAGCACCAGAGCAGCCCAACGACGAGGAUCAGAGCCAGGACGCCAGGUUCUAGACAGAGACUCAAACCCCAUCCGGCCAAGAAUCCCCAGUGACCCGGGUCUGGAGCUUUCUGAUACAGACUCACAACAAGGGACUUCAGAGACUCGUUUCUGUCUCUCCCCCCACACCACCAAAGCAGUGAAACAGUACUUCUCCUCCCAACCCCGCAGCGGCCAGCAGGUGGCGCUGGCACUGGCUGAGAGUCACAGGGAUUGGCUGAGGAGACGCACUGAUCCAACAGCAGAGCCAGAUUUGGACCAGCUCCGGUUUGCUGAAGGAUCUUAUGUCUAAUUUGGAUUGAAACCUGCAGCAGAACCAGAUUAAGACGUUACGUUUUACAAGAAGUUAAAGUGGAGUCCUUGUCAGAAUUAUUGCCAUGUGUGAGUUUGAAGUACAGAAUUUAAAAUAUUCAAAAUUUGACAAAUCUGGCUGUUGGAGUGCAAAAGCAUUUAUAGAGAUGAUGGCCUUCAGGUUUGAUCUUUGACCAGGCAUUUUGUGAAACAUUUUAAUUGCCUCCAUGUACUUCUGAACAGGUUUUUUAAAUUGAGGGGUGCCAAUAACUCUCACAAGGUCUGACUGGUCACUGUAGUUCUAAAAAGCCUCUAAGUGUUCAUGUGGUCCAUUUUUGUAAAUCUUUAACAACCAGAAAAGCUGUUGGGAGGGAAACAACUUGGAGUUAAUUUUUCCGGAUAUAGGAAGUACGCUUUUCUUCCUGCCAUUAAGGGAAAGUGAUUUUUUAGCAGAAAGACUCCCACUUCAUCAAAAUGCAUUUUAUAGUGUUGCUCUUCUUUAAUCCAGAUGGAUUAACAACCAGACCACUUACAUUUGAUGGAACCUGUCUUUGUUUUAUGCCUUAAGAGGCCAAAAACCUGCCAAUGUCCAAUAUUGUUGCCUUAUUUUCCAACUGAACGAGUAGAAUCUCAACUUUUAUUUACAGAUUAAAAAAAAAC